CUGUUAAUUAUUCACUGGGCCAGAGGAGAGUUCCUCCCUAUCCAUCUCCAUCAGCUACCCCUGAGCACUCAGCUGCAUGGGUGGAAGUGAGGGAUUUCUUUGGUGGAGCAGCUACUAGUCCACUUCAGGGCACUGUGAUAAGCCCUGAUCUCUGGAGGAACUUGAAUUCUGCACACCAAAGCACCACAACAGAGCCUUUCCCUCUAUUACUACAGGCAACAAGAAAAACAGGCUGUUUGAUCAAAGUUAUCAGCAAAACCCCCUGGGGAACAACAGAGACACUGACUGUUCUUCAUGGAGGUGGCCUUGGAUCUGAAAAGUGAAUAAAACAGACAUUAGUGUCUAAACUGUGAUUUCCUUGAAGUUGUGGAUCUGAUAGUAUUUAACUUAGUGCUUUAUGACAAGCAGGAAUUCAGUGACUGCUUAUUAAAUUGAGUUCUUUUAGCAGAAAAAUGUCAGAGAAGCACCAAGAAAUGCACCCCACAAGAGCUCCAAAUGGGACCCUUUCCAAGAAAGGGGCACUGAGAGCCUGGGCCUUCUCUAGGCUGUGUGGAGUCCCCCAUCCAACUCUGUUCCAAAUGGCACUGGUCACUUCUCUGUUGGCCACCGUUCUUGGUAGAUGUGGCCCCCCACCUGUUUUAUUCUUUGCUACUCCAGCAAAGGAGUUGAACCAGACAGAGUUCACAACUAACACUGUUCUGAAGUACACCUGCCGCCCUGGCUACAUCAGGAUCCAUUCAGAUCAGACGCUUACCUGUAAAGUUAAUGGCCAAUGGCGGUAUGAGGUCUUCUGUAGCAAGAAACAGUGCAGAAAUCCAGGAGAUUUACCUCAUGGCACAAUUGAAGUUAAGACAGAUCUCUUCUUGGGAUCGAAAAUAGAAUUCAGCUGUUCGGAAGGGUUUAACCUAGUUGGCCCAACCACUAGUGUUUGUGAGAUCCAUGAUAAAGGAGUUGAUUGGAGUGUACCUUUCCCAAUAUGUGAAAUUAUUAAGUGUAGGUCCCCUCCAGACAUCAGCAAUGGGAAACACAGUGGUGCAGUCGAAGACCUCUACACAUAUGGCUCCUCGGUUACCUACAGCUGUGACCCCAGCUACUCUCUGUUAGGCAAUCCUUCCAUUUCCUGCACGGUGGUGAAUAAAACAGUAGGUGUCUGGAGCCCAAGCCCUCCAGUCUGUAAAAAAGUCAUCUGUCGCCAGCCAAUUGUUCAAUAUGCAAAUAUUAUUUCUGGAUUUGGACCCAUCUAUACUUUCAAAGAUACCAUUAUGUUUAGCUGCCAGAAAGGUUUUGUCCUCAAAGGGAGCAGUUUAAUCCGUUGUGAAGCUGAUAACAACUGGAAUCCUUCUCCUCCUGUCUGUGAGCCAAACAGUUGUGUGGACAUACCAGACAUUCCAGAUGCUUACUGGGAUUCAUAUAGGAGGCCCAGGAAAGGAGAACUGUAUUCACCUGGAACAGUGUUCAAGUACAGCUGUCACAGUGGCUACGUACCAGCUACACAUGAGUCCACAACUGUGACUUGCCAGAGUGAUUUCAAAUGGAGCCCAUUCAGAGGGUGCAAGAAGGUGUGCUGCCCAGCGCCAGAGGUGAACAAUGGUAGAAGCAUGAGGGCAGCAGAUUCUUAUAGCACUGACUGUCCUUUUUCCUACAACAAUAUAUUCCAGUAUAGAUGUGACAGUGACAGGCAAUAUUAUACAUCUACAUGCCAAGCAGAUGGCACAUGGAAACCCCGCGUAUUUUGUGGUCAAGCCUGUCAUGUACCUCCUGAAAUUGCCCAUGGACGUUAUAGAAAAGAAGGUGGCUAUUUAUCAGCUUUAUCAUAUGUAUAUGAAUGUGAUGAUGGUUAUACACUGGUUGGACAAAAUACUAUCACCUGUAAGAAUUCACUGUUGUCGUCUGAAGCACCCCAAUGUAAAGCUCAGUGUCUGAAACCAAAGAUAGAAAAUGGAAAGCUGUCUGUGGAUAAGCCUCAGUAUAUUGAACCUGAAAAUGUCACCAUUCAUUGUGACUCUGGCUUUAAAUUGGAGGGUUCUCCGAGUAUUACUUGCUCAGAGAAAGGAACAUGGCACCCAGGGGUGCCCAAGUGUGAGUGGGAGGUACCAGAAAACUGUGAACAGGUGAUCGUAGGCAAAAAGCUCAUGAAGUGCCUCUCAAACCCAGAUGAAGCGCAGAUGGCCCUGCAGUUGUAUAAGCUGUCUCUGGAGGCUGAACUACUGCGACUACAAAUAGUCAAGGCAAGACAGGGGUCAUAGCUGUUAUGUUCCCCAAAAGAGGGUGGAAAAGGAUGCCUGGAUGCUUUGCUGUCUCCAGUUCCCUGUAGACCAAUUUAGUAAGUCUUCUGUCACGUUGCACUUUUAUUCAUGACAAUGAAUACCUAGAGAAGAUAAUUUUUAAAGUCCAGUGCUUUGUGAUUAUGGAAUUACUGAUCAUCUGUGCCUCGUAUAUUUGCUUCUCUGCAUGCAAAGUGUACAUUUUUCAAUUAAAAAUUUACAUGUCAAAAAUA